AUGAGUGGAAUAGCAGAAUUUACAACGUUUUAUGAUCAACGAUUGGAUGCAAAAGAAGAACAAAAUAAACUGAACAGUACGAGCACAUUGACAGGAUACGAUAUUCAAUUGACAACAUUUAACGUAGUCAAUGAAAAUUUUGCUAUACCAUCAAGUACUCCAUCCGAUGUUAUAAGUCAACUUGAGGUUAUCAGCGUGCUUAGUAUUGGAAGUCUUAUUGCUCAAAAGGAUUAUCUGAUUAAUCGCGGAUCUAGCGAACUCAACAAAAUUGCCGCAAUGACACACGGGCAUUAUAUUUUAGCGAAUGAAUCAAUUCGAUCAACCAACUAUGGUGUUACAUCAGAAUUAAUUGAGAUUGUUAGCCGAAUUGCCGAUUCGUCGAUUGGACAAGAGCUCAUUCUUGCUGGCAAUGUACUCUCUACAUCGAUUCAUUCAACCCUCGGAUCAAUGAUUUCUCCACAUUCCAACAUUACUGUGUCGCUUUCCUUAUCAGCCGGAGACACAAGCGUCCCUUCGAUGCCGAGCGUACUUCGAAUCGCAUUUGCGCCUGAAAAUGGUACUUCAGUAACUCACGAUUUUCUGGCAAAUGCACAAUACAAAUCCUCGAAUUACUAUAGCGCAGACUUGACACUGGUCCCUGGCACAAAAUAUAUUGUUAGAUUGAUUUACGCUGCGAGUGGAGACAAUGAUCUUCUUCUGAGGGUUUGGGGUCCCAAAUUGACUUCACAAUCGGCGGGAUUUGUUCACGUGGAUGGAAAAGAAGAGAAUCCUGAUACAAUAAAUGGAGCUGGUCUGAAAUUUAAAAUAAAAGAUGAAUGUGUUUCAGAGGCAUCCAUUCGUAUUACUGACUGCAGCGGGAAUGUUGGCACAAAAUAUGAUGCGGAGCAAUAUGCGAAACGAAAUGAUACAGAAAACUGGCAAUAUUGGUUCGUUCCCUAUUUCUGUGACAACAUUCCUCAAAACGAUUGCGUUAAAGGAACAGAAGGAAAAUAUGAUAUUCAAAUUUCUGUUGGAAAUAAAUAUCAAUUCACUAGAUCUUUUGUUUGUGCCGAAUCUAAAAGCAGUCCCGAAUAUAAUUGCCGAAACAAAGAUGCAUUAGGAAACUAUCAAUGCGCCCAAAAUGUUGCUCCGUUCAAACGUGGCCCAACUGGAAAACUUACCGAUUGCUCUGGGCAUGGCCGUCUCGUAUUCAACAAUAUUUACGAAUUUAAAUGUGAAUGUGAUGAUAGUUUCAGUGGAGAUUCAUGUGAAAUCGGAAGUUGCUCCUCUACUCAAACCGAUUUUCUCUCGAUCGACACUAAAUACAGAACAUAUACUGUUAUCGUUGGAGUUGCAAACAAUUAUAUAGAGAUAUCUCUAGAAGAUGCUAAAAACGUAUUUCAAAUUUCUAACGAUAAUAAUAAUAAUAUAUGGAAAUACCAACUGAUUGUCUACUGUAACCUCGAUCAAGUCGAGGUUUUAUAUUCCGGCGGGGAUAUCGCCAAAUUUAACAAAGCAUUUGAAACGAGACAAGCCGAUAUGUUUAUCCAAUGCAAAGAAAAUGAUAAUACAUUCGACUUAACACGUAUUUACAACAUUGGAAUUCAAGGUGUCGGAAAUAAUGUCAAUGGACUUCUCGCAUUUUUCACGGAAGAGCCGAAAUAUGUGAAUGUUAGCCUCAAUGAGUUCAUCCAAGUAUCACAGACAUAUAAACAACAGCUCUUUGUGUUUACCGCUCCAGAAUGCGAUACUCCUUCACUUUUACCAUAUUCUGUCGUUCAAGCGACCAUGUCAACAGGAGGUUUUGUGAUUCAAUCGAAAAUUGAUGAAAAUUCGACGAAAAUCGAAUACAUUAAUAAGACAUUUGAAACGAUUUUGAAAGGUGAUCGUGCGAUCGCUUUUGCCGCUUCUGGUUACAGUGAAUCUCAAAUCAGUGUCACUCUAGAAGAAGACUCAAUUGCAUAUUUGAUGACGUGGAAUAUGGGAGGCCUAAUUUAUUUUAAUAAGUCGCGUACGGGUCGCCCACCCACCCUCGACAAUGACGCACUGUGUGCUGCCAUUAAAGUCAAUGCCGAGGCUAGUACGAGGGAUCUGAAGAAUUCACUUGAGUGCGUAAUGUUCACCAUCUCGACCCAGCUGCACGUUCUCGGAUACCGCAAAGUUCGCUCAAUGUGGGUACCGCACGAGCUGACGAACGGCAAUCGGCAGGCACGAGUAAACAUCUCCCUUUCUCUUCUUCUCCAAGUGUUCCACAAGAGUUCUCAACCAAGUUCCAAUUAUUCCGCUGUUGUCUACGUUACUAAUGGAGUUGCACCAGUUGCUGAAAUAAUAAGUGAUACAAACGUCGACGCAUCAGAUGCUGUUUCAACGAGCACUUCGAAUACUCGUACGAAAUUGGCAGUUUUUAUCCCAGAUGGUUGGAAAAUUGAAUCAGGAGACGACGAUAGCAGAAUCGCAAAUCGUUCACAAUGCAUAUUUGAUACUACACUUUACAGUGUACUAGCAACGGAUAAAUACGAAGUUGGGGCUAAUCUUGCCAAGAUCGGAUUGAAAAAGGACGGUGUAUCUGUCAUUAGAUAUUUCCCAAUUGCCACAUCUCAAGAUGUGAAUUGUCAAAAUGGAGGAACUCCGCAUCACGACACAGGAAGCUGUCAUUGUUCAGAAAAUUUCACCGGUUCCGACUGCUCGCAAGUAAUUUGCGACAAAUCAAUUAGCGACUGGCAUUCAAACGCGUGGAAUAAUGUGUGUGUAUGUCAGAGGGCAGACGACAAACAAUGUCACGAUACAGUUGGCAGCAUGAUCAGUCAAGCAAGCUAA